UGUUGCUGACGUUUGACAGACAAACAUGGCGGACUGCGACUCUGAGCCUCUUGCGUAUGUAGCGAUAAGUAACAUCCCCGCUGCUUUCCGUUCAGCAGACCUGAGAAAUUACUUCAGCCAGUUCAUAGAAAGCGGUGGUUUUUGUUGUUUUCACUAUCGACAUCGGCCGGAAGUUCUCAGAGAGCCUGAAAGAACCGAAACCACGGUGUGUGGAGACGGAGAGAGCUCCGGUGUUAGCAGCUCUGAGCCAAAGCGGGCGGUGAAGUCCAAGUGCUGUAUCGCAUCAGUCGGUGCUAAAGAUGCUGACCGCUUCAUCCACAUGUACGCGGGAAACCACUGGAUCGACUCGAAGGGGAGCUGGCUCUCCAGGCGCUGCGUUAUCAGGAGAGUUAAAGUUUCACAGGACAAAGGUGAAGGAUCAUUCCCUUAUAAAACCAAGUACGAGCUGCGUCAUCGCGUCUCCUUAACUGAGCAGUUCACGGAGGCCGACCUGAGGAGCUUACCUGAGCUGAACCCACCUUCGCUGAUGCAGAACGGGAACGUGGGUACACCUGUGAAGGUCUUCCUCCAGCUCAUCCAGUCCUGUCGCCUGCCCCCUCGUCUCAUUCGCAAGUUAGGUCUCACUUUCCCGAAGACCAGCUCUAGUCGUCGCUAUGGAAACGUGCCUUUCCAGUACCACAAUACCUGUACCCUCCCAGCCACAGAAGAGACUGUCUUAACAGCUACUGGGCAUGAAAUAACUGGACUGAGGACUGGGACGGCUCGAUCUUCAAGAUCAAAACUCCUGACUGAUGACAGACAAGAAGCAAAGGCUGAGGAGAUACAGAACGGAGAUGAAGAGGAGGAUGUUCAGUCAAAUGCAGAUGAUGAUGAUGACUACUGUGAAGAAUGGGAGCGCCACGAGGCUCUGCAUGAAGAUGUGACGAGCCAGGAGAGAACAAAGGAGAGACUGUAUGAAGAAGAGAUUGAGUUGAAGUGGGAGAAGGGAGGUCCAGGUCUGGUGUUCUACACAGACGCUCAGUACUGGCAGGAAGAGGAAGAAGGAGAUUUUGAUGAGCAAACGGCAGACGACUGGGAUGUUGACAUGAGUGUUUACUAUGAAAAAGAUGGAGGAGACAUGGACGCUCGGGACUACGUCAGCAUGCGAUAUGAAAAGAGACUUAGGGAUGGUCUUGAAGAUGGAUCAGGGCACAAUCAGUCGAUUGGAAGAUUUGAGAGGUUCUCUAAGGGUUUUGGUCGACGCAUAAUGGAAAGGCAGGGCUGGAAAGAUGGCGAGGGACUGGGAGACAGCCAGGUUGGGAUUUCUGAAGCUCUGGAGAAUGAGGGUCAACAUCCCAAAUGCAAGAGGGGCUUUGGGUAUCAUGGAGAAAAACUGUUAUUGCAUCCAUUAAAAAAGGCCAAAACAAACCAUCUCAUAUGUACAGUGUACGAUAAACCUAAAGACAUUGAUAAAGGUGACACCUUACUGAGACGCCAACCUAACACCAGCAUGAAGUACAGAGGAUGGACACCAGGGGGCGUCAUUGGUUUAAAAAGAUGACUGGUUCUGUUUGAUAAAAUCUGUAUAUUAACCUGUUUGAUAUUUGUAUCAAGUUUGUAUUAAAGCAUUUUUAACUUA